UUUCCUAACAUUAAUAACAGGGGAGACAGCAUCUGAUAUUGUUUUUUCUUAGCCACCAUAGAACUCUGUAUAGAUAAGAGGAAUUAGAUUUUCAAGGUUCUUGCAAUGAAGGUUCUCAAUCCUUGCACUCUUGUUCUUAUGAACUCCAUUGCUGUUCCUUCUCGUUCUCUUCCUUUCAUAAAGUCCUUCAGAGCUUCUUCAAAAUCAUUCCCACCAUUGACAUGCUUCUGCAGCAUCAAUAACAGUAACAGUUCAGAGUCAGAAGAGAAGAGGGUUUCUCUGACUGGGAUUGUGAACGAGCAAGUUGAGGAGCUUCUGAGCAAAGAAGAGAACAAGUCAAUACUUGAUGGCUUGGAGAAGGCUUCUCUGAGGGUUGACAUGGCCAAGAAACAACUUGCCAUCAUUGAAGAACAAGAACUUGCUGCUAAGAAGUUCAGGGAUUAUGUCAACAAGCUUGAAAGACAAGCUUCUGAGAUUGCAGAAUGUCAAAGAGAAAUAUCUGAAGCAAAAGCCCUGGUUGAGGAAGCAGAACGCGCACUCUUAGUAAGCGAGAGUGGAGCUGAAGAUGGCGAAGAAAUUGACCGGGACAAAGAGAGAUUGGAGUCAGUAAAAGCAGCAUCCAUUGCUGCCCUUGUUGGCACCCUUUCAGGGCUCCCCAUAUGCCUCACUCAGGUCACAGACACUACUCAGCUGCUUCUCCCUUUGGCUAUCAACUUCAUCAGCUGCAUACUGUUUGGAGUAACCUUUCGAUACGCAGUAAGGAGAAACUUGGAUGACGUUAAUCUUAAAACAGGGGUAGCCGCUGCUUUCGGUGUUGUUAAAGGUCUUGCAACCCUGGGUGGUGGACCAGUUCUUGAACUGAACCUUGACAGCUUCUUAUCACAUGCCCUAGAUGGAACCAUUUAUGUAGCUGAGAGUUUUUUCAUUUUUGUCUGUGCUGCUGUUGCUCUAGAUUACUGUUUCAAGACAAGGCUUUUGAGCCCUUUUCCAAUUGAUAGAUCCAUUUAGUAACAAGUCCAGUUUUAGACAUCAAACUGACAUCAACUAACUAACUACCUAUGCAAAAAGCCCUUCUCUAUGUAGGUCACUUGCCAUUAGGCUGUCACAUUAGACUAAUCCGAUUUUUAAGUGCUAGUUGAAGAAGAGAAGUAAUAUGGUUAUAUCUUUUGGGCUUUGCACUACGAACUUGUGUUGUUGCAGUAGUCAAGUUACUGCAAUUGAUGACAACCACACCCUUUGUAAAUUUCGGUUAAGCUAAUGAAUAUGUUGUUAUACUGUGACACUUCUAUCAUAAUAUGAUCAUUUCCCAUUUAAGAGUUA